AAUGUAUUGUGAUGAUGGAAUAAUUGACCUUUAUAUUCCAAAGUAUGGGUGGGGGAUCGAGUUGCUUAUUGAUGGAGUGGGGAUGAAGGAACACUAUAACAGAUUCAAAGAAGAUGGCAAGUACUCUCUAAUACCAAUGAAAGAUUAUAUCAUCUUAGAUAUAAGACAAACAGUGAUGGCAAAAAAACUUUAUCCUAAAACAUGGUAUGUUGUACCAAACAAUAAUUUUACAAUUUUAACAAUUUUAGAAAAAGGCGAUAAUUUAGAUAGUAUGUGA